AUGGGCCGGGCUGUGUUCGAGCUUGGCUGGAGAGUGCGAUUGGACCACAUAGCUGGAAGACGCAACCGAGUUUUGGUAGAGUCGCGACCGGGCUCUCAAUCGCAGAGCUGGGAAAAGAAAUGCGGGUGGGCACGGCCAGAGGAGCUAGUGACGGAUCAAGUUGGGCAGCUUCCAAAAAUGCAAGCGGCCGAAUUUAAUGUGAAAAAUUCCUAG